AAAGUAGGAAGCCAUUGGAAAAAGGCCAAAAACAAAUUCAAAGUUGGUUUUGACAAAGUAAAUAGAGAGAGAUAAGAAGAAGGAAAGUGCAAAAUACAGAGAAAAAGAAAUGGAAAAGCAAACAGGUAGUACGAAAAAGGAAUCAGAAAACAGUAAAUUAGAAGGAUUGCCAGUGGAUACAAGUCCUUACACACAGUAUAAGGAUUUGGAGGAUUACAAGAAACAGGGCUAUGGAACACAGGGCCAUCAACAACCAAACCCUGGCCGUGGUGCUGCCAGUUCCACUGAUGCCCCUACACUCUCUGGUGGUGGUGGAUCUGCCUCUGCUAACUCUCAGCUUUCUGCUACUGAUACCGUCAAUCGCCAGGGUGUCCCUUAAUUUGCUUUAUGUUUAAUUGCGACAGAGUCGAAUCUAGAACAAGUUAAGUUUAUAUUUAUGCAUAUAAUAAGAUCACGCUCGUUCUGAAUUA